AUGUACUGCGAGGCUCCACAAUCGAAUGCGAGCACGUGCACGCGUGACCACAACGCUGCAUCGAAGGAGUCGCCACACAUGGUGCUUAGCUCAGUAUUUUGCAAAAUCAAGUCUGCCAUCAAAGCCUGUACACCACCUUUUUUGUUCCAUGAUCGGCGCAAAGCAGUGUUUUGCACAUGA